UGCGGACCCCGCUGAGGGCGGCCAUGGCCGACAGCCAGAUGCCCUUCUCCUGCCAUUACCCCGGCCGGCGCAGCGUCCGCGACCCGUUCCGGGAGCCCGGCCUGACCUCGCGCCUGCUGGACGAUGACUUCGGGAUGUCGCCCUUCCCCGGGGACCUCACCGCGGACUGGCCCGACUGGGCUCGGCCCCGGCUCACCACGACCUGGCCGGGCCCCCUGCGCUCGGGCAUGGCCCGCGCCUCCGCCAUGGCCCCCAGUUACGGAGCCCACUUCGGGGGGUACCCCGAGAGCCGCAGCCCCGCGCCCUUUCCCCGCGAGCCGUGGAAGGUGUGCGUGAACGUGCACAGCUUCAAACCCGAGGAGCUCACGGUCAAAACCAAGGAUGGCUACGUGGAGGUGUCAGGCAAGCACGAGGAGCAGCAGGUGGAAGGAGGGAUCGUCUCCAAGAACUUCACCAAGAAAAUCCAGCUCCCCUACGAGGUGGACCCCAUCACGGUCUUCGCCUCCUUGUCGCCGGAGGGGCUGCUGAUCAUCGAGGCGCCCCAGAUCCCCCCCUACCAGCAGCACGGCGAGGGCGGCUGCGGCAGCGAGAUCCCCGUCGAGAGCCAGGAGGCCACGUGCGCCUGAGCAGCCUCCCGCAUCCCUGCAUCCCUCCUCCCCUCUGCCCUUUCCCCCCGGAACCCCGCUCCCUGGUCCCCUGUGGCGGUGGUGGCUCUGGACUGCCUCUGGCUCAAGGGUGAUGGCAGCAGCCCCCGCCACCCCGGGGGGGACCAGCUGAGAGCCAGGGCGCACACAGGGUGCCAGGCCACCGUCCCCAAGGGCCUGUAGCAGUCUGAGGAGCCCGGUAGAGGCGUUGUGCCCAUGGGGCCGAGCAGAACGCAUUGCUGCUCAUGGUUGGGUUUUGCUCCAAGUCGCCCGGAUGGGAUAUUUAUGACAGUAGCAUAAAAAGGGCCCUUUUUGUUCCUCUAGAAUUGAUGUGGAUUCCCUCGGUCCUGCGUCCUUCCCUCCUCUGUAGGUUUUGGGGUUUGUUUUUAUAAACUAUAUCUCUGCAAAGGAUGCGCAUCCGGCAGCGGAGCUCGAUGGCCCGGCCUCUGUCCCGAGGAGCGGCACCCGUCUGCGUGUUCUGAACGUUGGUUUGGGGUUCCCCGUGUUCUGGUCAGGUUUUUUGCUCUUUAUUUUCUUUUUUUCUUUGUUUUUUUUCCAAAGAGGAAUUGUGCUUUUUCUUGUCAGAGCUGAGGAAUAAAACCCAGUCGAUGUUCUUA